AUGUCGAUGAAAGCAGUCGUUUUUCGUGGCCCGUACGAUGUUGGUGUUGAGACGAGGCCUAAGCCAGCGAUUCGGGAUCCGACGGAUGCUAUAAUCCGCGUUAGGCUUGCUGGAAUAUGUGGGAGUGAAUUACACAUGUAUCGAGGCAUCCAGAAGACGGGCACCGGACACAUUAUGUUGCUAAUGGGUGUUCAUAUUGAGGGCCAUGAGUUCAUCGGAGUCAUCGAGGAAAUAGGAUCCGACGUAAACAAGUUCGCUGUUGGUGACGAAGUUGUCUCCUUAUUCUCUCCCGUCUGCCUGAAAUGCUGGUACUGCAAGCAAGGCCUCACCAACAGAUGUGUCGAAGGAGUCGCAUUUGGCACUCAGAAGCUCGACGGUGGACAGGCCGAGUUUGUCAGAGUUCCCUUUGCAGACGGCACUCUCCACCUUGUUCCUCCAGAGCUAGACGAGUCUCUACUCAUUAUGAUGUGUGACAUCUUUCCAACAGGGUAUUAUGGAGCGUCUCGUGCUGUUGAGGGCUUAUUAACCCAGCACCAGUCGCCGCUGACCAGCUUCCGCGAUGCCCAUUCUACCAAGGUAAGCUUGAAAGGUCAGAAUGGCCAUACAAAUGGCAGCACAAAUGGCCUCACCAACGGUCAGACAAAUCAUCAUACAAACGGAGAUGGACCAUUUGAUCCAUUAGGGUCUUCAGUGGUGGUCUGUCUUGGCUGUGGUCCUGUUGGGAUUUGCGCCAUCACCACAGCUCUAUCAAAAGGCAUCAAGACCGUAUUAGCCGUCGACAGUGUGGAAGACCGUCUUUCAGAAGCAGCUCAAGUCGGAGCAAUUCCUCUGAAUCUCUCCAAGCAUAACAUUCUAGACGAAGUCAUGUCACGGACGCAAGGACGCGGGGCAGAUGCAGUGAUUGAAGUAGUGGGCAACCCGGCCGCUCUCAAGUCUGCUUUUGAGCUGCUACGUCCGUGUGGCAUAUUAUCUUCAGUUGGCUUUCACCAGGACGAGUUGCCAUUUACUGGUCUGGACUGCUAUCUGAAGAACAUUACUAUGAACUUUGGCCGAGUUCCAGUGGGAACAGUUUUUAAGGAUGCUCUUGAAUGUUUAAAGGAAAACCAAGGAGCACUGAAGAAUUACGUUACACAUGAACUAUCGCUAGACGAAGCAGCUACUGGGUUUGAUCUGUUUGAGAAGAGGGUGGCCAGAAAGGUGGUACUUCGAGUGUAG